AUGGCGACCAAGAGGAAGAAGGGCAAGAACACGACGCCCAGAAGCACCCCAGCGAAGAAGCGCAAACACCGCGUGACCUCCGCCCGCUCGACACCCGAGCGCAAGACACAGGCCCCCUCCGCCCGCACCCGUCCCAUUGUCGCCGACUUCUCCAAGCCUGAUACUGCAGAGCCCGCUCCCGUCGCAGUGCGCACCUCCGGCCGCGAGCGCAAACCGCCCAAGCACUUCGGCGAAGGCGACACUCCCGAGCCCGCUCGCACGACUUUCAUAGUGCCCAAGCCGACGUUUCAGGAGAUACUAGACGCCGUGGAAAAUUACAAGCCCAUCCGGCCGCCGUCUCCUCCGCCGCCUCGGGCUCUGACGCCGCCGCCGAAGCAGUUGAUCAAGUUCAAGACGAAGUUCUGGUACUCGCCUGAGAUUCAGGAGGAGAUCGAGCGGAGCGAGAAGCUUCAGAAGUCCGGCGAGGUGGUAGUGCGGAUCUACCUUGACCCUUUGAGGCUGGGGAAGCGGAUGGACUUUGAGGAGGUGGAAUGGAAGGCGCUGAGGGGGCAGGGGGAGUACUUGCUUGCGACGCAUAUGACGCUUGAGGGCUGGAAGGCGUUCAAGAAGAAUUGCGAAGAAGGGUAUCGGGGAGAUAAGCAGCUGAGAUGGGUGUCGUUGUUGGAUGUGGAUAGGGGUGACUUUGGGGUGUGGGCGGUGUGGGCCGAGGAGUGGGCCAAGCGGAAGGAGGCCGCGGAGAUGGCUGAGCUGGCUAAGAAGAAGGGGAGGAAUAGGGGUGGUAUCGCGGCUUCUGCUCCCAGACCUUCCGCUGCCGCGUCUGGAUCUUCAGUCGCCGCAUAUGGAACUCGAACUGCGGCCCGUGCAUCUUCAACUACAGGUGUAGAGAACGGUGGUGACAAAACUUCCGCUCAAGACGUCGACGGGGGUGUCGCCCAGGGCGCUGGUGAACUGUUGCGUGCGUUGAGCCACGCAAACCUCAGCAAUAGCCAUCGCGGAGCUUUGACCGCAGCUGCGAAGUGCAGUGCUGAUGAAAUCCAGCCGCUAGAGAUGGAGAUUGAAAAGAUGAAAUGGCUCUCGGUUCACCAACAGCGGAAGUACAUCGAAGAGCUUGCCCGCGCCUGGCUUUUCGCCAACACCUACUUCCUCUCCGGCUUCCAGAACUACAUUAUGCGCUGUCUGGUGUGGCACACGCGGAACAUGACGGGGACCAGUCUACCAUCACACCCCUCAAACCUUGGCAUUGGUCUGCGGAGCUCUUGGUGCGAGAGCGGGAUCCCCCUGUUCGACGGUAUACUCCUGAAGGAUAUUUGGAAAGCGACCGAAGAGCCAGAUACCGCAGAUCAUUAUCAUGAGUGGUCCGGUGGUAAGCUCAGGGACUUCGUAUAUGCGGCGAUGGUGGAGGCGUACUAUCCCGAGAGCGUGCCGCUAAGCGUGUGGGGUGCGAUUGUGGAGUGGCCUGGUGCGCACCAAACUUGCGACCUUGGGGGCAGCCGGAGGGUAUGGCAAGUUAGUAUCGCGCAGGAGCGUGAGAUGUUUCACUGGGACGCCGACAUCUUUGCGAAAGAGGUAGCCCCAGGCUUCUUCGUUGAUGUGGAAGAGAGGAAGCGCGAGAUGGAGAAGCUGAUCUGUAAAGACAAGGAAGAUCGGAAUGUCGUCUGGGAGCGAGAGAAUGCCAACAAGCCGAAACACGACAAACACUUGGUGUUGAAGAAAAUUUUGCGCCGUCGCCGAAUGCAGGGUAAGAAAACACGCCCACCUACUCGCAAGGUUACCUUCGAAGAUAAGGAAGAUUAUGUGCGAACUGGGGGCGCUGUACGUGAUUCCGGAAUCGGUCGCAGGACGCUGAGUAGCGCUCAACGUCAUGUGCGUUUCGACUUGACCACCGAUCACACCAAAGCUGAAGAUAGAGUUCAGCUCUCAUCCCAGCGUCCCUCGCCACAGCCGAAAGCACUAGACCCCAGUGAUAGCACGGUUCGAGCAUCUACUCCUAAUCCUGAACAGUUCGAUCCCCCUACCCAUGAUGACGCUGGGAACAUCUACGACAUCCCCGAUAUCAUCGUGACAGAUGCCGAUGACGAAGGAACUCCUGACACUGUGAAUAAAGGGGCUAUCGACCUGACUGUGGCUGAAGAUGACCAUACUGACGAAGACGAGGAAGAAGAGGAUGGGAUGGAGACAAUCCCCGAUACCAUUGUCACGGACGACCAAAGCGAAGACGUUCCCGACGUCGUGAACCAUGGGACUAUCGAUUUGACCGAGCUUUCAGAUGGUCAUAGCACUGAUAGCAGCGACAGCGAUGAGGACGAGGGAGAAGGGGUCGGAGUGGAGGUUGACGGCGAUACUAUCGAGGUUGACGCCUGA